CGGACCCACAUUGAAGCAGAAAUUCUUUAAUUGCAUGAGGUUACGCGUUCUGCCGCAUCUUUCCUUUAAUUGUAAAACUAAAUUUCGUUAGCUACCUCCUAAUUAUGGCUACAUCACCUGACAAGUCUGUAUUAUUUGUCUGUUUGGGUAAUAUAUGCCGUUCAACAAUGGCAGAAGGUAUUCUUCACAAUUUAGUGAAAUCCAGGGCAGACCAUUCGGAAUGGCAAGUUGAUAGCUGUGGAACUGCAUCAUACCAUACUGGAGAGCAACCUGACAAUCGGACUAUUGUCACUUUACAGAAACAUGGAAUUGUAAACUUUAAACAUAAGGCAAGAAAAAUUAGAAAGUCUGAUUUCACAAAUUUUAAAUGGAUUUUUGUGAUGGAUUUAGAAAAUCUUAAAGAUGUUGAAGGGAUAAAACCAGAUUCAAGCAAGAGCAAAGUAAUGUUGCUGCGGCAGUAUGAUCCAGAAAAGGAUUGUGAGAAACCAAUAGUGAUUGAUGCAUAUUAUCAUGAUGAUUCAUAUUUUGAAUUAUGUUAUGAACAAUGCCUCAGAAGUCUCAAAGCAUUUUUACAGAAGGAAGUUACAGAGUGCUAAAAUUCAUUUGUCAGUAACAUCAAUAUUUGUACCUAUUAGUUCAAGUAUAUACAUCACGUAAAACAA